GUGAUAAUUAUGAAUGAUUUUAGUGUGUGAUUGUGAAGUUUUUAAAAUGUGUAUAAUAAUUCGUGUAUAUGUGUGGUUCCUGUUAUUACUGUUGCAUAGAGGAGAUACAGCGACCGUAAAAAUUGGAGUGGUAGCUCCGACACCACAGGAUGGUUACCUUCUGGCGGCGGCAGCAGAAGCUGCUCUCGCCAAGCUGAAAGAUUUCAUGUCUGAAACGAAGAAGGAAGAGACUCACAUUCUGUCUGAACAAGAACCUGUUGAAGAAUUUAAGUGGGAAGUCACGGUGGCUUCUGUUGAGCCCAAUGAACCAGCUUCCAUGCCCGAUCAAGUCUGUGCUCAGGUAGCCAGCGGCGUGUCAGCCAUCGUGGCAUACGGCAAGCCUGACGAGAUCGAGCUGACGGCCGAAGCCGCGGCGCGCAGCGGCGUCCCCCUGCUGCUGGUCGCGCCGGCCGCGCUGACCGUGCCACCGCAGACCUUACAACAGUGGGAAGCUGUGCAUAUGUAUCCGCAUAGCAGUAUUUUGAUGAAGAUGUGCGCUACACUUUGUCAAGCGAAGGGUUGGCUCAGCGCGAUCCUUUUGCACGACGGUGCAGUGGGGGCCCAGCUGGUGCAGGGUAUUGCCGACCAGGGCGCCCAGACGGAGGUGCUGGCACGACGGCUACCAGAAGAGGACGACCAGGAUGGUCUUAGGAACUUAUUGGUCAUACUUAAGAAGGCAGAACAUACUAAAUUCAUAGUGUGGUGUGACGAAAAAUGUUGCGACAGAGUGCUCGCCCAGGCGCAAAAAGUUGGAUUGUUGUCUGAGAGGCAUGCCUAUAUCCUACUUGCGCUGGACUUACAUACGAUCGAUUUGGAGCCGUACAGUCAUGGUGAUGCUAAUAUUACAGGACUUCAGUUAUUUGAUCACACUGGAGAAGAUGUCAUCAUGGAUAAAUGGCAUGAAAAAUAUAUAUCGCGAUUCAAAGAUGCGAUUAAUGAGGAAGAGAUGGAAAAGAUAGAUCAGAUACGCAACGCAGCCCCGACCUCGCUUAUUCUCACAUACGACGUAGUUUAUGAAGCGGCUCAAAGGUUGAGAAAUUUCGAUAUACAACUAGACUCCAGCGAGGAAUGCCAGCCUUACAACUAUCAUAUUUACGCCGACACUCUCAUCAAUCACCUUCGUUCGGCCGAAUGGGACGGCCUAGCAGGCCAGCGGCACGCCGGCUGGCUACGGGUUGGCGAGCUGACGCGGGGCGGGCGACUCGAGUUCAUCGGGAUGUGGGACGUCAACGAAGUAAAAUGGGACCGUCGUACUACCACCGUUGCAACGCGUGCGCCCGGCGUCAUGACCAACCAAACCUUCAAUAUACUCAUCGCUAUUAUCAAACCGUACGUGAUGAUGAAAGACUCCACGGAGAGGCUUAGUGACAAUGACCGUUACGAAGGGUUUUGUAUAGAACUAAUCGAGAAACUGGCGGAACAACUAAAGUUCAACUACACGUUCAUUGAGCACGACAGCAACUACACCAAGAUGUUGUUAGCCCUCAAUCAACCAAAUAUGGACUUCGCCAUUACUGAUCUGACUAUAACGGCAGAACGUGAACGGCAAGUGGACUUCACCACCCCGUUCAUGAACCUGGGCAUCAGCAUAGUUUACAAGAAACCUAGAGCGCUGGACCCAAAGCUCUUCGCUUUCAUGUUGCCCUUUUCCACAGGUGUGUGGUUCUGUCUCGGCGUGGCAUACGUCGGUACCUCGUUAGUGUUGUUCGUGGUGGGGAGGUUAUGUCCCGAUGAGUGGCAGAAUCCAUACCCUUGCGUCGAGGAACCACAGGCACUGGAAAACCAAUUUACACUCGCCAACGCUCUGUGGUUCAACUUGGGCGCCGUAUUGCUGCAGGGAUCGGAAAUUGCUCCAACGGCGUACGGAUCGCGCGCCGUGGCCAGCGCAUGGUGGCUGUUUGCCUUGGUCAUAACCAGCUACUACACGGCAAACCUCGCGACUCUGCUCGCCAGGAAGAACAACAACGAGGACUUCACUAACAUUAAUGAACUGGCUAACAACGACAAAGGCAUCACGUACGGCGCCAAAAAGGAUGGCGCUACAUACAAGUUCUUUAAUAAUUCCCAAAACCCAAUGUAUAAGAAAAUGUUCGAAAAUAUGGAAAAGUGGGAAAUGCCCGAUGAUAAUGGUAAAGGUAUGGAAAGGGCGAAGGACGAAAAAAAUCCAUUUGCGUUUUUCAUGGAGUCUACUUCUAUAGAAUAUUACGUUGAAAGAGAUUGCAAUAUCACUCAGAUUGGUGGCUCAUUAGACAGCAAAGGAUACGGCAUUGCAAUGAAAAAAGAAUCUCCGUACCGACAAGCCCUUAAUCUGGCGCUGCUAAAACUUCAAGAGUCAGGUGAACUGCGCGCCAUGAAGCAUAAAUGGUGGAUAGAGAUGCAUGGAGGCGGCGCAUGUAAUGACGAUGAGGGGUUUGAGAGCGAGAAACUGAAGAUAAAGAACUUUAUAGGUCUAUUCGCGGUACUAGGAGUGGGGUGCGUGCUCGGCAUCAUCAUCUCGCUAGUAGACCUGAUGCUCGCAGCUCGCAAAAAGGACCGGGACCCUGAUGCAUCGUACUGGAAACGGCUUGCAGACGAAUUGCGCUUCGUCUUCAACUUCCAGCUGUCUGAGAAGCCAGUACAGGGACCGCUGUUGCCUCCACCGCCACCUGAGCCAGAACGUGCUGAAGAGGUUCAGGAAGAACAUGCGCAGGAAGUAGAAGAAGAGCGAGACAACGAAUCACGCAUGCGCUCCAUGUCGUUCCAAUCGAACGCUCCAAGGCGCCGGCGGUCUUCACUUCAUAAUGCGAGCGUGCGACUCGCGCGGCACGCGCACCGCGACUCGCAGCGUAGUCGAGCUAGCCGGAGACACAACGGAGACGUCUAG